CAGCAGCAUUCCAAAUCAGUCUCCAACUCCAGUAACCAGUAGUCAAACUCCAACUAUAAUUGCCAGUAGUCAAGCUUCAACUAUAAUUACCAGUAGUCAAUCUCCAAAGGGUCCUGGCGCACCAGGUCCUACUGGACCGGUUCCCAGCAGAUCGUAA